UCGGGGGAAGACGGUACCAGGUUGAGGUUCUACUCUGUGUUUGGUGUCGUCUGCUCUGAUUUAUCGACAAUGGUGAAUUCUCAAGAAUCCUCGCCUGAUCGGCUGCUGCACAGUUUCCAGGCGCCAGCUUCUGCACCUGUAAAUACCUCGCCAUCAGUGCUUGGCUCAUAUGGUGUGCCCUCUGCAAGUGCAGAGGGAGAAAACACGGAAAACAAAAGCCGACGGGAAGAAGGGAGUGAGAGGAAAGAUGUAUGCAGUGUCGACGAUGAGCCACUGAGCAAGCUCAAGCGGAAAUCAUCCUCACUACGCAUUGAAACAAGCGGACAGAAGAAGAGGACUUUUGUCGUGAGUGUAGCAACGGCGAAACCUAUGGCCAAGGGAAGUUUAAUGAGCAAUGCAGAAGCAGGGAUGCCGAAAAGGACAAGAAUGGAUGCUGGACGUGACAGUGAUGGGGAUGAAGACGAUUCAUUGGAGAAGAAGAAGAAGAAGAAGAAGAAGACAAUGCAGAGGGAGGAUGAUGAAUCACGGAACAGACAGCAUGAAGAUCCCAAAGUUACGAAGAGGAAGAGGCUUGAAGUAAGCAGCAAAGGGAGAGAAGAAGGGGGAGGAGGAGAAAAAGAGGAAGGCCACGGGGCGUUGUCAGCAGCAGAUAAGAGACUCGGAGUGGAGGCGAAAAAGGGGGUGACCUCCCAGUGUGCUGGAUCUUCUCUGCAAGACACUGAGAAGACGAAGUUGAACCCGAGCGUGAAAAAGGAGUCAGACUCCAGUGUGACUCACAAUGCGGCUGUAGCCGUUCUGAGGUAUGAUGCAGAAAGCAUGGUUUCUUCUGCAGUUGGUGGAAUGUCGGUAGAGGUGGUGGUGAAGAGCGAGCCCCUUGAGGACUACGACUGGAACAGCAUGGUUUCUGCAGCUGCUAGAAUGCAACAAGAGGUGGCAGUGAAGGUGGAGCCUCAUGAGGACCCGAACGAGGGGAUAAAGGAUGCAAGAGAGGAGGGUGCAAAAAAGAGGAUAAAGGAUGCAAGAGAGGACGGUGCAAAGCACGCAGAAAAAGGGAUAAAGGAUGAAACAGAGGGGGGUGGAAAGGGUCCCGAAAAGGGGGUUGCAAAGCGAGCCCCCUAGGAAGCAGAAAGGAAAUUGCAAAAGAGCAAAGGCGGUCAGAAGUGUAUAAGGCGUGGGAAAGUGGAAGGGACAGGGAAUGGACCGAAGAGACGAGGACAGGAGGAAAAAGGGAUCCAGAAAAAAUGGGGCUGAAAAAAGGGGAGAGGGAGGCUAGGAAGAAUUGAGACAACGGCCGAUGCCGAUGUGAUGGUGGAAAAAGAUGAAGGAGAUGACGGAAAUGAAAAAGAGGAUGGAGCCAAGGGAGCAGAAAGCACAGAGGACCUCCAGAAAAAGGGGAAGUUGAAAGUUUUGUCGAGGCUCCCAUUGGUGUUACCAGAUAAACUCUCAAGACUGAA